AUGGGAUUCUCUCUUAGUAAAUCUGCUACUCAAGUAUCGGCUAUAAACAGUGAUUCAAAAGUAGAGGAUCAUUUAAUCCAAAGGACUGAAAAAAACAGGUUAAGACCAGUGACUCAGUUAUUUCAAAAUACCAGAAAAAUAAGAUUAGAAGAUACAAUACGAGGAGAAAACUUUACAGGCAAUGAAGAGAAUGACAGAGAAUCUCAUUCAGGAAAAGAACUGGGUCCUGUGACAUAUGUUAAAGAAAGAGAUGGACUAGAAAUGAUAGAUGUAGAAUGA